AUGGCGUCUGCUAAGUGCCUCGUACCUGUGGAUACAUUUCGGCAAAAGUACGCGUCAGACUCUGCCGGCGGCUCGAGAGCAGUGUUUAUACUCGGAUCAUUAGCCAGUUUGCCUUCCGAGGACGUGGUUUGCCGACGAUCCAUUACACUGAGCGACGAGGACAAGAACACGUUCUCCAAGACCCUCGCCCUCCCACCAGACCGCUGGACUGAUCUGGACGCGAUUCUAGCGAGAUACUCACAGGACAAGGAAGUGAGCUUUGGCCCUCGCGUAAUUUACGCGACAGGGAACGACAUAUCCUGUGUGUCCGUACUGGCAAAGCUGAGGGAGUUUCUGAAAUCAUCUACCGACAAAGAUGGAGGUAUAUAA